UGUCAAAACAAGGGAUGUUAGAUUCAGUCGUUAAAAAGCUCUGGCACUUAGUUCAGAAGUUCCCAAACUCAAAACUUCCAACCCUGGGCAGUCGCAAUGAGUGAGUGAGGACAGCACAGACACAGAGCGGGAAACUGAAAAAACAAUUCACAGGUUAAAUAAACAGGGAGGAUGUUUCUGGUUAUGAGCUGUGCUGAGAGCAAAGUAAGCGAGGAAUAGGAAACGGGAAUCUCCCCCCUCUAGGCUGUCGUCUGGACAGUGUUGCUUUUAAAUCUACUGCAUUCUUUGGCAAACAGCACUACAAGUGUGCUAUUUUAGAGUAAGAUCUCUCUGGAUCUACCCAUCAAGCACAGAAACAGGAAAAAAAGGAGCAAAGGAGCAAAGAAGCAGAACUUGAACUCCGAACUUCAGAAAAGUUUGGACAAGUGCAAAUCCGAGUGAAGCGCUCUCAUCCGACCUGCUUUGAGGAUUGCCCAGGCGAUUUCAUCCUUCCUUGGAUUAUAACUUUCCUACCGUCAGCAUUUUCCUGGUAUGGGCUGGCUGCUGUGUCUGUGUUACCUGGCAGCAGAAGUGGCCGUGGCGAUUGGCUCGGAAAGACAACAGCACCAGGUGCAGCAUGGCCCCUGCCGCUACACUUUUAUCCUUCCAGAGGUGGAGCAGUGCCGGCCUGCGGGGGACUUCCAGGUGACUAACUCCCUGCAGCGGGACUCGCCCUCGGCCCCGGAGUCGCCCCACGCUGAACCCACCUGGCAGGAAAAGAAGCUGGAGACCCUAGAGAGUGCCACAGAGAACAAUACACAGUGGCUGCAGAAGCUGGAGAGCUAUAUUCAGGAGAACGUGCGAUCAGAGAUGGAGCGUAAUGUCAUUCACACUCAGACAGCCACCAUGCUGGAGAUCGGAACCAAUCUUCUAAGCCAAUCAGCUGAAAACACACGCAAACUGACAGAUGUGGAGACACAGGUGCUGAACCAAACCAGUCGUCUGGAGAUCCAGCUGCUGGAAUACUCUCUGAGUACCAACCGGCUGGAGACACAGCUCUUAGAGCAAACACAGGAGGUCUCCCGCCUCAAUGACAAAAACAGCUAUCUAGAACAGCGUUUUGCUGCCAUGGAGGCCAGGCACAGCAGAGAGCUUGAGGCCAUCCAGCAGGAGAAACAGCAGCUGUUGGAUCUGUUGGACAGACAGAAUCACCUGGUCAGCCUGCUGGAGGGAGAACUGGCCAGCUCCACUCGUAACAGCACACUGCUCCAACGACAGCAGGCCACACUCUCUGACACAGUGCAGCAGCUACUGGCUAUGGUCACUCACUCUAACGAUAUUUCCACUCCAGUUGAAAAGGAGAUGUUGAUGUUCAGAGACUGUGCUGAGAUAUUCAAAUCUGGAGUUACAGAAAGUGGGAUUUACAACAUUAAUCUUCCUAACUCAACCCAGAAAACUAAGGUGUUCUGUGACAUGAAAACUAAAGGAGGUGGCUGGACUGUCUUUCAGCAUCGCUAUGAUGGAUCAGUAGAUUUCAACCGAGGCUGGAAUGAAUACAAACUGGGAUUUGGAGAUCCAUCAGGAGAACACUGGUUAGGGAAUGAUGUCAUCCACCUGCUAACAACAUCAAAGGACUACACUCUCCAGGUCCACCUCAAAGACGCAGAGGGACAGCAGGCUUAUUCUCAAUAUGACCAUUUCUACAUUGACGGAGAGGAUAAGAAAUACAGUCUUCAUGCAAGUGGUUUCAGUGGUACAGCUGGACGAACCAGUAGCCUUACCCAGUCAGGAACCCUGUUUAGCACUAAGGAUCAGGACAAUGACCAGUGUAGCUGCAAGUGUGCUCAGAUGGCCACCGGAGGGUGGUGGUUUGAAGCUUGUGGUCCAUCCAAUCUCAAUGGUAUAUACUAUUCUGGAAACUCCAAUGUGAUACGGUAUAACUGUAUAAAGUGGUACUACUGGAAAGGGCCCAGCUGGAUGGUGACUAUGACCACUAUGAUGAUACGGCCUGUGGACAUCUAAAAGCAGGAAGAGACUCUCACAAAUGGGUCAUUUGACUUUACUGACAGCCAAAUCAUCCAAACAAGCUGGUGAGGUGACACCAAUGAAAAAGAUGGACAACUUAUGCAUUGGACAGCUUGUGCCCAUGUCAUUGUGGCCAUUCAAUCUGUCUCAGUUUUGUUUGUUUAGUCUGGCGAAACAGACACAUAUUGUGCCAUAAAUGUUUUAUCUCCCUGUAUAGCAAAGCUCUUCUGAAAAUGCAAUGAACUGGAAUGGCUGAUCAGUGCUUACAUUUGUUGUUUGAGCCCAAUGUCCGUCUGGUAAAACAAUAACCUUUUCCAUCCAGUGGAACAUCGGCUCUCCUGAGAUUUCUUCUCCCAUUCUAGUGCUUAUAAAGGGUUUAAGAGAGAAUUCCUCUAUAAAAGUGCUCAAGACACUACAACAGGUGUACGUUUUAAAAGCACACCUUUUAUCAUAAAUAUACAUUUGUAACAGACAUCAAAUCAGUCUUUCAUAAAGAAGUCUGUUCAAGUCUUCUAUACAGUAUAGGCCUAUAUGAAUAUUCAGUCAUUACAAUUUUGUACAUGUUUUAUGAUAAACGUACUGUAUGAAAUAAUGAUAAAAAUGUUGAAUCAAAAAGAAAGGAACACGAUACUAAAGUGACUGAAAACAAUAACUUAUGAAAAAGUUGUAGAUCAGUAUGUAAGCCAGAUAAUGAUUCAGUAAACAGUCUGAUUGAUUCAUGAGGAGUCAUAUGCUGUAGCCUGUGACAACAGCUCAACAGAAAGAUCUUUCUUGUCAUUAUUUUGCAGUAUGCUUCUUUUUAUUGCACUCAAUCCAGCCUGCAAACCUCGCAUUCACAACCCCAGGUAGGCUAAAAUGUGGUUGAGAGCUCUGCUGGUACGCAAUGUAGGACUCAGCCUCAAAUCCACUCUAAAGGUAAUAAUUGUGCUGUUGUCUAUGCUUGCACUCUUCCUUUUUCAUAAUUGCAAAAUCAGCAAGUUUGAUUUUAAGCUGUUUAAGCUGCUGUAGAAGAUUGACCAUCCAUGCAGCGUGUUAAGAGUCUAUAUAAACCACGCUUUUAUGCCAAUCACUUCAUGAAUCAUUCAAUAAAGGCCCUUCCUUCUGUUCCUAUAAAACACUUUUCAGAGACUGGAUCUCUUGGCCUGCUGACCUGUGUUCAUUCUCAGCACUUAGCCAUGCUAGUACUGUCAUGAUUUAAUGCUCUGGUCCACAACCCCAUUCAUCCGUGUCCAGAGAGCAAGAAGACUUACCUGGUAUGCUCUUUCACAUGAGAUUCUGCAUUGAUUCGCCACCCUUUUGUCAUAAAUAUACUGUAAGGCAUGUAUAGAUGAAGACAUUUCUCAUGCGCAAUAACAACUAGCACAACAUUAUUACUGGCCCAGUAGCAGCUGUGAUUGAUUACCGCUGGUGAAAUGAGGGUUAAACUUGGGUGGUUCCAUCAUAUUUGGGUUUAAAGAGAGAUCUGGACAGCUGGCUCCUCCCGGUUUAAAGCAGGUAUGAACCUUGCCUUGGAGCAUGUAUUGUUUGUUGACUCCAUCAUUAUACAAACUUGGUUCAGUGUGCAAAUGAGAUGCCCUACUUUGACAGGGGGUUCCACACCAGAAGAGCCUUUGAGCACCUCCAAGAAUUUAUCAUCUCCUUGAGCAAGAGAACGGAGAAGAAGGCAAGCUCAGUGGGGAGGGUGUGCAUAGUUUCAACACAUAAAUCUCUGUCUGGCCUCAGUUCCACAUAGGAUGUGAAGACAGGGUGAAGUCAGGGGACGUGCCAUAAUGAAUCCAGGGGACGGUGUGAUUCUAAUGGCUUGAUAGAGCAGAGAAUCCUGACCUCGAGUGAGACCGGUUUUUGCAUUCAAACAUUGUGUUAACAUGUAGCAUGUUUCUUGUCGCUCAUGUUUGCAGACAAAAUGUUUCUUUUUGCCAGCAGGGGGCAUUCACGGCACACAACACCAUGUUUCUAGAACCAAAUAGAAGCUGUGUAUGUAUUAAAGA